UUCUCAUAAGAGUGAACUAUAGUACUAUGGCAUAUGGCUGCAACAACGCCCAUCAUUUUUACUUUGACAAAAAGUAAUCCAUCUGCUUGGUUGACAGCCAUUCAAUAACAUGUUCAUUAGUUUUUAAUGAUUUCAUCUUAUUUGUCGAUCUCUUCAUGAUCAGGAUGAAUUUGAUCUUGAACUCCCUCCACAUAUUGAGUUACUAGUGCAGUUUUAAGUCGCAAAUUGUGGUCGGUUGAUUUGGCGAUCAAGCUGUACACCUCCCCAGGCUUGGAGCGAUGUCUUAAUGUAGAUUCCUGAUAUUCCCAGGAAAUGCAAUGGCCGAGUUGAUUUUUUAUUUGUUCAUAUUAUAUCUGAUGUUCUACUAGUAAAGCAAUAUGUCARAUCAUCACAAGCUCUUCCCAUUUGAUUGUCGGUUUGAACGAUAUUAGCCUGGUUAAUGAAUAGACCAUAUUUUCUUAAUUAUCAACGAUAUUGAUAUCAAAAAAGCUGAUUAUUGUAAUGGAAAUGGAAGAUCUGCUGUAGAUACAAUAUACAGUGAAUCAAGAAAACACCUCAUAUCAUAUCUCGUUUGUCUGUUACUUCCCUCGCACUACACUGUCAGAGUUCUGAUUAUAUAUCCGGCACUUGGAAUACACUUGCCAUUCAAAGRAACCUAGGUCUUCAUAAGCAGCCAAGCUGUAUUUGUAACYGAUAAUUCAACAUCUCACCAAGAUGUGSAAGAUCAUGGGUUCGAAUCCAUUGUCUGUUCUUGGUAUGUCGUUCAUAUAUGUGUUAAGCUGAGCUUAUCAAAUGUGGUCAACGUCCUGGCUUUUCGUKAUAGAAGCCAUUGCCAUAGUAACAGGCAAUGCCAUUUCCAUCGUGAUAUUCACAAGUACUCGUCGACUGCGCAACCGUAAAUUCAUGACUAUUGUGAAUCUAGCAGUGGCUGACCUUUUGUCUGGUUUGGUUUGUUUACCCUUGGUUGUUUAUUAUUUUGAAGGAGCCCAGAGACACACCCAAACYUUUCUUACCAUUUACAAUUUGGCGGAUUCGUUUUUUGGAGCAGCCUCUAUAUUUAGUUURGCAGCACUGGCCAUUGAACGACUCCAYGCGACCUAUUUUCCAUUCAAACACGAAGGAUUGUCUAARCGUGCAUACGUGAUUGGGAUAGCUGUGGUGUGGAUGUCUGCUCUGCUCCAUGCCCUCGCGGCGCAGUUUCUCAGCUACUUUGCACACAUUCUUAAAAUAGUUGUCGUUAUUGGGCUUGCACUAGCAGUUGUGAGUAUUUCAUACUUACUAAUAUGGAUUAAAGUAACGCGUAUGAGUGGACUACCUGUCCAGGCAAUCCAGGAAGAAAAUAAGAAACUAACCAUUACCCUAUUGAUCGUGACUACAGUCAGUUAUAUUACCAUGCUACCAUUGAUGAUUACCAUGGUUUACACGUACGCUUGUGGUUCUUGGUGUCUUGACAGUCAUUAUUCAUUGUUAGUGGCCCUGGCUUUUCUUCAUUACAUGAAUUCACUCGUCAAUUUUAUUAUCUAUGCUUUGCGCAUGCAAGAAUUUCGAGGAGCACUUUUACGUCGACUGGGAUGCUCUCGUCAAUAUGGCGCAGCAAGAACAAUUGACAAGACAAAUGAGACUAUYAUGUGAUUGAUGCAUGAACAUUUAUAUUAGCUGCAUAAAGAUUAAUCACUAUUUUCCCUUGUCAUAAUUUGGUAUGUAUGCAAAACAGUCGUACUUUUGUACUCCUUUGCAGCCUUUGGGAUGGACAGCCUUCUGAGAAGCCCUGCGAACAUUAGGCUGCGUAGGAGGCUCGUUCUUCUCUACGUACUUAUUAUUAUACAGAGGAGGUAAUUCAAAGGACAUCAAAAAGAGACACUGAGUUCUGAUCAAAUAAUUCCAGAAUAUAAAGAAAUUCAUAAUGUUCCCCAUUCAUUUUACAAAAUAAUAGCUUCAAGUCGAGCGUUAAAGUGACACUGUCAAUGGAUGACAUGCGCAGUAACAGUCUCACCUCUAACGGACUUUGAAAGUAUUACCUUCGAG